AUGAGGGUGGUGAUUGAGGGUAUUAUGAUGGACGCCUUCCUGCGCUCAGGUAGAGACUCCACCCAUGAGAUGGUGAUUGAGGGUAGAGACUCCACCCAUGAGAGGGUGAUUGAGGGUAUUAUGAUGGACGCCUUCCUGCGCUCAGGUAGAGACUCCACCCAUGAGAUGGUGAUUGAGGGUAUUAAGAUGGACGCUGUACCUGCGCUCAGGAGAGUUAAUGCACUGCGCCAGAAACGAGAUCUCUUCCGUGAGGAGGUGAGUACACCUAAGAGAAAAUUGCUGUCUGAUUCAACUCUCCAUCGAAGUGUCCUGCGUAAUUAUACAGCUCGAGAUGCAUCUGCAGAGUAUUGCGGGUGUCUUAAUGGUGGAUGGUGUCAGGAGGGGGGCCAGUGUGACUGUUCACAGUUCCAGGCUGUGGGAGACCGCUGCCAGAUCAUUCCCAACCUCGGGCAGGACCGGGAUGGGAUUUGCCGCUCAUGGGGUCAGUACCAUUUUGAGACAUUUGAUGGAAUGUACUACUACUUCCCUGGAACAUGUUCAUAUAUCUUGGCCAAAGACUGUCACUCAGCAGAGCCCCGGUAUACUGUGUGGGUUCACAACAGUCGUUCCUGUCGUGGCUCAGUGUACUCUUGUCCUCGUUCUCUCAGUCUCUUCUUUCCUAACGAGGAGGAGAUCCACAUUAGAGGCUACCGGGUGCUGAAGGGGGAACAGAGACUGACUUUGCCCCAGACGGUUCAUAAUGUCUUUAUCGAGCGACUCGCUGACUACAUCCUGGUGAAGAGCACGUUUGGUUUCUCUCUGGCCUGGGAUGGAAGCUCCGGCGUCUACCUCAAAAUGACAGAGGAGCACAAAGGCCGGCCUUGUGGCCUGUGCGGAAACUACAAUGAUGACGGAUCAGAUGAUCUGAGCAGCAGCCACGGUAUAAAAUCUGAAGACGUUGCUGAGUUUGGGAACAGCUGGAUCGUGGACCUUCCCCAUGAGGCGCCCUGUCCUGCUAUAGAUGAUGACUUUCCUGGACCAUGUUCAUCUGAAUCUGAAAUAGAUGAUGCCAUUGAAAAGUGCAGCGCUUUGCUUUUCUUUCCUUUUAUCUCCUGCCAUGAGAACAUAGAUCCCAAUCCAUUUGUUGCCAGCUGUGUUUCGGAUCUAUGUGUCUCACAUGAUGAACAAACAUUUUGCCGGACACUGGUCGAAUACACCAGGGCCUGCUCCCAUGUCGGUUAUCCAGUCCGAGAAUGGAGAGACAGCUUCCCUUCAUGUGCGGAUAGAUGUGAAGACAGCUUUGUCCACAGAGACUGUAUCAGUUGUUGCCCCCCCACCUGCACUUUUGAAAAAGAGUGUCUAGGCACCAACCUGCACUGCCUGGAUGGAUGCUACUGCCCCGAUGGGUUGAUUCUUCAGAAUGGGACUUGUAUAGCAGUGUCUCAGUGUCCAUGUGUAUAUCAUGGCACAGCUUAUCCUUUGGGUCAUGUUCUGGAGCAGGGUUGUACUGUCUGUGUCUGCGUGGGAGGAGUAUGGAACUGCACUGAAAACAAUUGCACUUCGGAGUGUACAGUGAUGGGUGACACACAUGUGACCACGUUUGAUGGGCGCAUCUACAUGCAUACGGGAAAAUGCCAAUAUGUACUAGCGAAGAGUCGUGGCAACACCAAGUUUACUGUCAUGGUGCAAUACACAGCAUGUGGAGAGGUAAGGCUGAAUGUGUGUGUUCACUCUGUGACUCUCGUGGUGGAUGAAGAUGUCAGCAGGCAAGUCACCCUCAAUAGAGAAGGAGAGGUCAUUAUCGGGGCCAGCAUGGUUGUCAAUCUACCUUACUCUGAUGACGUAGUGGCUGUGCGCAGGCUGACGUCUGUGUUCGUGGGCCUGCGGGCUUCCUUUGGACUGAAGCUGUAUUACGAUUGGCGGGGCGGCCGAAUCUACCUGCAGCUGGACAGCACGUGGAUGGGUGGCACCCUCGGACUCUGUGGAACACUUAAUGGCAACCUGCGAGAUGACUUCCUCUCUCCAGCUGGUAUGAUAGAAGGGACACCGCAGCUGCAUGCCAACGCAUGGAAAGCGUCUUCAGCGUGCAUCAGCCCUGUUAACAUCCCCAUCAUCGACCCCUGCGAGAUGAACCAACAAAACGUAUUCUACGCGUCAUUGUGCGAUGUUCUGACUGGAGACGUGUUUGCUGCAUGCCACGCGUACGUGAGUCCUGGUGUGUACUACCAGCAGUGCCGCUAUCAAGCCUGUCGGUGUGGCAGUGGCUGCCUGUGCACUGCGCUCGCCCAUUACGCCUACGUCUGCUCCAAACACCACAUCACCAUCUACUUCAGAGCACACGUCUCCGAAUGUGGCAUGGUCUGUUUAGGGGGAAUGAUGUACCACCCUUGCACGACGUCAUGUGGGAGAACAUGCCAUUCAGUGAGUACUGGUGAAGUGUGUGAUGGAGACUGUGCCGAAGGGUGUGGCUGCAUGGAUGAGAUGUUCUAUGAUCACGCACGUCAGCGUUGUGUACCGCUUUCUCAGUGUCACUGUUACUUCAUGGGUUCAGUCUUUCAGCCAGGAGAAGUGUCUUUCAGCUCCUCUGGGCCUUGUCUCUGCAGAAAUGCUCGUAUGGAGUGUGUUCCUGAAGAAAGAGAGCCUGAGACAGACGAUUGUCCGAACGGAAAAGUGUACUAUAACUGCAGGGGUCCCCAGGGUGCAGGGCCAUCUGGUGUGGGCGUGGCUUGUGAACUCACCUGUAGGAACCUAAUGCUGAACCUUACCUGUCCUCCUUUGACCCCCUGUGUGCCUGGAUGUGGCUGUCCAGCAGGGUUAGUUGGCCAUAAUGGAGAGUGCUAUUAUCCAGAAAACUGCCCAUGUGCCUGGCUUGGUCUGGAGUAUCUUCCAGGAGAGACAGUGGAUACUCCGUGUUACCGCUGUGUGUGUCAUCGCGGGUUCUUUAAUUGCACAUACUUUCCAUGUCCGGCUGUGUGCACCGUCUACAGCGACCGUCAUUACCACACGUUCGAUGGCCUGGAAUAUGACUAUGCUAGUGAUUGCCAAGUUUACCUUAUAAAGAGCGUAGGCGAUAUAGAGAUUUUGAUUACGGCUCAGAACAAAGACUGCUACGAGAGUGGAAUAGUCUGCAUGAAGAACCUGCUCAUCUAUGUCGGCCUCACUAAAAUCUACUUCAACGAUAACUCGGGCAGACCCAGCCCCUCUACUGUGGUCGGACGAGGGUACGAAUUUGAGCUGUGGACAGCGGGCUACUACACAGUGGUCCAUUUCCCCAAACAUGACUUGACUGUGCUGUGGGACCGAAAAACAACCAUCCACAUUCGGGCUGGGCCACGAUGGAAGGGUCAGUUCAGUGGCAUGUGUGGGAACUUUGACAUGGUGACAGUGAAUGACAUGACCACAGCAGGGCACAUGGAGGUCAGCAAUGCUCAGGCUUUUGGAAACAGCUGGGCUCUUGGGCAGUGUGAGAGUGAUUUUAUAGUGCGCAGACCAUGUGAAGGGGACCUGAUCAGACAGCCAUACGCUAAGCGAGAGUGCGCCCUUCUGUACAGUGACGUUUUUGCUUCAUGCCACAAUGUGGUGGACGUGACCUGGUUUUAUAAAAACUGCCUGACAGACACCUGCAACUGCAAUCGAGGGGGCGACUGCGAGUGUUUGUGCACCAGCAUUGCUGCAUACGCACAUAAGUGCUGCCAACACGGUGUCACGGUACACUGGAGAUCUCCCACCGUCUGCCCAUAUGACUGUGAAUACUACAACCAAGAGCUGGGUGAGGGUCCAUUCACUUUGUCCGCCACUGAGCUGAAUGAUUCAGUGUGUGUGUUUGGAGCAAAUGUGAGUAGUGGAGAGGUGUUUCCUCUGCUGAAGACUAGCGCUCAGCCAACUGCCAUCUUCAACCUCAUGAUCACCAGUGGACUUUACAAAGAGCGAGCUUCACGACUCCCUACUGUCUCGCUGGAGUCUGCCGAGCGCCCAAACUACUUCCUGUUUGUCACACCGGGUCGCGUCGUGCGCCUGGAGCGCUGGAGACCCGAUGAGGACUUUCGCCGCCAGGCAACCUUCAUUCAUCACCAGGGCUUGUGGUUGCCCGGGCGAUCUUCCUUUGAGCUGCACAGCCAGAAGGGCGUCUUCAUUACACUCUCACACACACAUGCACGUGCACAGAGCUACGAAAACUCGUACUCUUUCAAAGCCAGCAGCAGUUUUACCAUUGAGGAGAGCAGUUUUGUGAUUCCGUAUCGACUGAUGUGUGAGUGGAAAUACCAAGCGUGUGCCAGCGCGUGUGUGAAAACAUGCAGAGAUCCUGAUGCCACACGCUGCCAGUUCUUGCCUCUUGUGGAAGGCUGUUUCCCCCGCUGUCCGAAAACCAUGGUGCUGGAUGAAGUCACGAGGAGGUGUGUGUACCAAGAAGACUGCAUAACACUUUCACCAACUCCUACGCCUUACAUGUUUGUGACUCGGUCUAACAGAACCACCACAGCUCCUACCACGAUGGUUCCGACAACCGUAACUACAACCACGACCGCUACCACGACUACCAUGGCUGCUCCCACAACGACUACGCCUCCUACCACUGCAGGCACAACUACGACUAGCACGACUGCGGCUCCUACUUCAGUCCCCACCACAUCUACCUUUAUUACAACAACUUCUGAAAUCCUUACAUCUUCUCCACCAAUCACAGAAAGCCCUUUUGUUACCUCAACCCCGCCCACAACUAAGCCAACCACACCCCCUAUGACUACCUCUGUUACCACUACAUCAUCACCCACCACUACAGAGACACUGACCACAACGGAGGAAACAACCACUUACAUCAUCACUACUACAACUCCUUUCACCACUCUUCCCAUUACAACACCAACUCCUCUUAUCACCACAGAGACACCCCCUGUUUCCACGGUAACCGGGGACUUUAUUUUGACGUCAACAGCAGAAACAACCCCAGCGCCAACGUCCACUGCCCCGUCCUCAACUCCCACGACACUCGGUGUGACAACCACCCUUCCUGCAUUCGUGCUCCCCACUGGACCCUGCACGCCUCCAUUCUCUGUGCGAGUUGAUGAGUGCAGUGAGUACAUCUGCUUUAAUGGGCAGCUGAUGCUACACAACUCCUCCCAGCACUGCAGAUUCAACAUCACCCAACCGCAGUGUAACCUGCUGGGCAUGCCCAUUCAGAUCAACACAGACCCUUGCUGUCCACUGUGGCGUUGUCCCUGCCGCUGCUCUAUAAUCUCAGACCUUCGCGUGAUCACAUUUGACGGGAACAAUGUUGCUCUGUAUGAUAACGGCUCUUAUAUACUGGUCCACCUGCCUCGAGAGAACAUUGUCGGACAUGUCGAGAAAUGUCCCACCAGUGAGAGUGUGAACUACAUUAGACGACCUACUCCUACAGGUGGAACCUCUGGCUUGUGUUUUAAGAAGUUGAACAUAACCACUCAUGCCUACAGGAUCAUUAUCAGUCGCCUUGACCGCAAGGUAUCUGUGAACCAGAUCAAAGCUCGGUUGCCGUUCAACAGAUUGAACCUGCAUAUCGAUGACACAGGGACUAUGUACAUCAUUCACACCCCCAGUGGAAUCAAUAUCCAGUGGUACCACAGCACCGGCAUCAUGGUCCUACAGUACAGCGCCCCCGAUAACACCUCCACCAGAGGCCUCUGCGGCUGCUGCGACGGUAACCCAGCAGAUGACUUACGCUUGCCCAACGGGACUGUGAUGCGAAACGUGGAGGACAUCCCCGUGUUUCUUCACAGCUGGAUGGUGGACACAUCUGAGGAGACGGAUUACUUCCGGAGAGUGGGAGACAACUGCACCACGGGAAACUGUACCAAAUGUUUUCAAAUGCUCAACCAGAGCCCCUUCUCCCAGUGUCACCACCAGGUCUCACCAGAGCAGUUCUGUGACAAAAUCUGGGCAGGUGAUUUGCACUACAAGGAGCACGAGUGUGACUUUCUUGCCGCUUAUGUGGCCAUCUGUUACACUCACCAGAUUUGCUUCAGCUGGAGGAAAAGCAACUUCUGCCCUCUGAAGUGUCCUCCUGGUAAAGAGUAUAAGCCGUGUGUCAACACGUGCAAGACGAUGACAUGUCAGAAUCGAGAUUAUUAUGAGGAGGCCACUUGUUCUUCCAUUCGAGAGGAGUGUGUGUGUAAGAGCGGCACCAUCCUGCACCGAGCCGACUCCGCGUUCUGUGUCACCGAGGACCAGUGUGUGUGUACGGAUAACGACGGUUCCCCGCGAGCCCCAGGGGAGGUGUGGAAUGGUUCUCUGCGAGGCUGCUGUCUGUUCACUUGCCUGGAGAAUGGCAGCAUCGUCCCGGUGGAGCCCGAGUGUCCUCCGGAGCCCGCCCCUCUAUGUGAGCGUGAGGGCGAAUACUACAUCGAUGUGCUGGAGGAGGGCGCUUGCUGCCCAAAAAAGAUUUGCGAGUGCAACCUGACCAUUUGCCAGAAUGACAUUCCUUCCUGUGAGAUUGGGAACAAGCUGGUGAUUGGCUAUAGCACCCUCUCAUGCUGUCCUGAAUAUCGAUGUGAAUGUGACCCCCUGUCCUGUCCCAGUGUCCCAAUGCCAGAAUGCAAAGAGGACCAGUUCUUGGUAGAGGUCAGAGGGCAGCAUGCUUGCUGCUAUAACUAUCUCUGUGUGUGCGAGUCCUGUAUGGAGCCCAUCCCAAUUUGUCCGCUCGGAGAGAUUUUGGUCGUGGAUAUGAACACUACUCAUCACUGCUGCCCGCAUUAUCACUGUGUGUGUGAUAUGAGCCUGUGUCCUGAGCCCAGCAUUAGCUGUGCUACUGGUACUGCACUUGUUAAGAUGCCUGUACCUGGCACCUGCUGUCCAGACAUCCACUGUGAGUGUCAGUGUGACAGUAUCGCACGGCCUCAGUGCACUGUGGGAGAAAUUCAAGUGGAGGAGCCAGAUCACAGCAGUACCUGUGGCUGCGCUCAGUACUUGUGUGAGAAGGCAGAUGUAUGUUUGUUUCAGGGAGUGACUGUGCUGAGUCCAGGCCAGUCCAUGGUGCAAUACGUUGAGGGAGAGCUGUGUUAUACUGUGCAGUGCCUCACACACAGAGACCCCGACACAGGUUUCUACGCCAUGGACGUGACCACUUCAAACUGCUCUGAAAAGUGUGAACCUCACCAGGUGUAUGUCCCGUCCUCUGACCCCCAUGUGUGUUGUGGCUCGUGUAAAAAUGUCUCAUGCUCAUUCACCAGUGAAAACGGAACUACAGAAAUAUUUACGGCAGGUAGCUCUUGGGUGUCUAAUUGCACACGUUUCGACUGCAUUGAGACAGCGGUGGGAGCCGUGAUCCUCGCCUCUGGAGUCGUCUGCCCUCCUUUCAAUGACACCGAGUGCAUUCAGAACGGAGGUGUGGUGCAGACCUACGUUGAUGGCUGCUGUAAGACGUGUAAAGAGGAUGGUAAAACAUGCAAAAGGGUUGCCAUCAGGACCACGAUCAGGAAAGAUGACUGCAGAAGUAACGCACCAGUAACAGUAUACUCCUGUGAUGGGAAGUGUCCUUCUGCCACCAUAUUUAACUUCAACAUAAACAGCCAUGCACGUUUUUGCAAAUGCUGUCGUGAAAAUGGCCUCCAGAACCGCGUCAUCCAGCUGUACUGCACCCGCAAUGCUACUUCCGUGGAAUACAACUACCAGGAGCCGACGGACUGCUCGUGCCAGUGGAACUAAUUUUGGCAUUUUCAACUCUAUAUACCCUCUCAGUGGACGUGCUCAAUUACCACACAAGAUCAGUACAACCACAAACUACU